AUGGCAUCGCACGGCUUCUGGUCCCUGGGCGCGGACAACACAGGGGCAAACACCGGGAGUCAGAGCCCCAGCACGCCCAGGGCUUGGUGCCAAGCGGCGGCCCAGAAAUUACCUGUAGGAAUUGGAUCAAAAUUAUGUGCGCUGCUAAAUGUGGGAGAAGGGGAAAAACCCGUGGAUCCUGGCGCCAAACAGCCGCCACCGAGCGCCCCUGGCCCCGGCUGCGGCUGCACCAAAACCUGCACCUGCAACAAGACUGCCGACUUCUCUGACCUCUAUUCAACAGAUCUCCUCCCGGCCGCGGACGGAGACUCCAAAACCAUGACGUUCCUACAGGAGGUAGUGGACAUUUUACUGGCCUACAUCGUGGAGUCCUUUGACCGGGAGACCAAAGUGAUAGACUUCCAUUACCCGAACGAACUUCUCCAGAUGAACAACUGGGAGCUCCAGAACCAGCCCGCCUCGCUCGAUGACAUCUUAAUCAGCUGCCGCGCCACGCUCAAAUACGCCAUCAAAACAGCCCACCCCAGGUACUUCAAUCAGCUUUCUACAGGCUUAGACAUGGUUGGACUAGCAGCUGACUGGCUAACAUCCACAGCCAACACCAAUAUGUUCACAUAUGAGGUGGCCCCUGUCUUUGUGCUUCUGGAAUACGUCACUCUGAAGAAGAUGAGGGAGAUUAUUGGUUGGUCGGAUGGGCGCGGAGAUGGCAUUUUCUCUCCUGGUGGUGCUAUUUCCAAUAUGUACGCCAUGCUGCUGGCCCGAUUCAAGAUGUUCCCUGAAGUGAAGGAGAAAGGAAUGUCAUGCAUCCCCAAGCUGGUGGCCUUCACAUCUGAGCAUAGCCAUUUUUCCAUCAAAAAAGGCGCGGCAGCCCUGGGCAUCGGCACAGAGAGCGUGGUGUGCAUCAAAGCAGAUGAAAGCGGCAAAAUGAUCCCAGCCGACCUUGAGAGAAGAAUACUGGAGGCCAAACAGAAGGGGCUUGUUCCUUUCUUUGUCAGCGCGACUGCCGGAACAACUGUCUAUGGCGCCUUUGAUCCACUUAUUGCUGUUUCAGAUAUUUGCAAAAAGUAUAACAUCUGGAUGCAUGUGGAUGGUGCUUGGGGAGGGAGUCUGCUCAUGUCAAGGAGACACCGGUGGAAGCUGGAUGGUGUUGAAAGGGCCAAUUCAGUAACAUGGAACCCACACAAGAUGAUGGGUGUGCCUCUGCAGUGUUCUGCUCUGUUGGUCAGAGAGGAGGGUUUGAUGCAGAGUUGCAACCAGAUGCACGCCUGCUACCUGUUCCAGCAGGACAAGCACUACGACCUUUCCUACGAUACCGGGGACAAGGCUCUGCAGUGUGGACGCCAUGUGGACAUCUUCAAACUGUGGCUCAUGUGGAGGGCCAAGGGCACCAUUGGCUUUGAGGCUCAGAUAGACAAGUGUCUGGAGCUGUCAGAGUACCUCUACAACAAGAUCAAGGACAGAGAAGGAUAUGAGAUGGUCUUUGAUGGGAAACCUCAGCACACCAACGUCUGCUUCUGGUACCUGCCCCCUGGGGUCCGCUACAUCGAGGACAAAGAGGAGAAAAAGAAACAGUUGCAUAAGGUGGCCCCGGUAAUAAAGGCACGCAUGAUGGAGUACGGCACCACCAUGGUCAGCUACCAGCCACAGGGGGACAAGGUCAACUUCUUCCGCAUGGUCAUCUCCAACCCGGCCGCCACAUUCGAGGACAUCGACUUUCUUAUUGAGGAGAUCGAGAGGCUGGGACAGGACCUAUAA